AUGACGGCCGACAUGAAGCAGUGGCGGGAGGGUCUGGACAAGGUCGAAGAGGCCGUCCGCGAGGGCGGCGCCACGAUGAGCGGGAACAUGAAGGUCAUCGAGGGGUGGGUGAAGGACCUCGAGGGGCGCGUGGCGAAGCUGCCGUGA